AUGAUGUAUUCUAACAAUGUUGCGAGGCAGAGAAAAGUAUGAACCACAAGGGUGUACCUGUAAAGUACCCGCCCGUCUUCUCCUACCGUCCACCGGCCAAAAUUCCUCUCUACCGUCUUCCGCUUUGUCCACCAUGGAUGCCGACGGCCCCGCCGCUCCGCUCUAUCCGCCGAUUGCCGCCGACGUUCCCACCCCCGCCGCCGCUUCCACGCGCCCCACCUCCGACGAUGCGUUCGUCGACGCCACCGACACCCUCCCUCAUCCGCCGCCCCCUCCCCUCACAUCGUCCUCCUCCACGCUCCGCCGCCGCCCGCGCCGCGCCAAAUCUGUCAAGGAACCCGAUCAGGUGCCCUCCCCCUCGGCUUCCGCCUCCUCCGCCGUCACCGCGGCCGACGAACCCGUCAAGGCCGGGCCCGAUUCAUCCGAGGCCACAAGCGCGGCUUCCGCCGCUUCCACCGUCGACGAGCCCACCAAGGCCGAACCCGAAUCCUCCGAGGCCACCAGCGCAGCUCCCGCCGCCUCCACGGUCACCGCGGCCGACGAGCCCGUCAAGGCCGACCCCCAUUCCUCCGAGACCACCAUCUUUCCCCGUUCUCCACCGCCCCCGGAAGAGGAAUUGGACAAAAAAGAUUCUUCCGAGACCACCAUCUUUCCCCGCUCUCCCCCGCCCCCGGAAGAGGAAUUGGACAAAAAGGAUUCCUCCUCCUCCUCGUCGUCAGACGACGAGGAGCAGGCUGUAGCACUGUAUCACAGGCCUCCGCCGGCGGGGCCGCCGGGCAUGCUCGAGUCCCUGGCCGUGCUCAUCAUCAAAGCGGUGGCGUUCCAGGUGAGCGCGCUCAUCGCCUUCAUCACCUUCCCGGUGCGGCUGCUGCAGUGGUGGUACCUCUUCGUCACGGACCCGGUGGGCUCGGCGCGGCGAGCGCACGACUGGGCGCUCGGGGCGGUGGGGCAGGCCACCGGCGCGGUGGCCGCGCAGCUCGGGGGCGGCGAGGGGGUGGGGCGCGUGGCGGGGAGGCUGGCGUGGGGGUCGCUCUGGGCCGUGUACGUCUGCGUGGUCCUCUGCGCGCUGCUCAUCAUGGCGUUCCUCGGAGGGGGGCUCCUGGUGGGGAAGAUGGUGGAGGAGCCCGUUCAGGUGACGGAGACCCUGAAUUUCGAUUACACCAAGCCGAGCCCCGUGGCGUUCGUGCCCGUGCGGCGGUUGGUGCCGCCGCAUCAGCGGAUGCAGCUCGAGGUGUCGCUCACGCUGCCCGAGUCGGAUUACAACAGGAGGCUCGGCGUUUUCCAGGUAAGGGCAGAGUUUCUAUCUGCAAAUGGAAAAGUGGUCUCUGCGACGAGCCACCCAUGCAUGCUGAAGUUCAAGAGUGUCCACAUGCAUUUCAUAGAAACUUUUUUCCAGAGUUUUUCUCUCUUGACGGGCUACUCGUCAGAAUCCCAGGUCAUCAGACUAAAAAUGAGCGGUAUCAAGGAGGCUUUUGAACCAAUAACAGGAGUGACGAUAAUGCUCGAGCAGCGAGCCGAGUUUAGUCCUGGUGCAGGCAUCCCGGAGAUAUAUGCUGCAUCGCUAUUGCUUGAGGCCGAGCUUCCUCUGAUCAAGAGAAUACUCUGGAACUGGAGGUGGACUCUGUUUGUUUGGAGCAGCAUGGGGUUCUUCGUUUUUGAGUUGUUGUUUGCCCUUGUUUGUUGUAGAACUUGUAUAUUUCCCAGGGGUGGGCAUCAUGCUGUAGCUCCUUAGGGGCAGCUCAUGUAAUGUACACUUCGAAAUAAAUGCAAAGAUGGUGUCACGGUCGACUACUAA